AUGUGUCCUUGGGGCUGUGUCCUCAUGAUUGUACAAGGUGCACAGAUGCUACAAAUGCUGGAGAAAUCCUUGAGGAAGUACCUUCCUGAAUCCUUAAAGGUAUAUGGGACUAUCUAUCACAUGAUCCAUGGAAACCCUUUCAACCUAAAAGCCCUAGUCGACAAGUGGCCUGAUUUUAACACAGUGGUUGUCCGCCCUCAAGAACAGGAAAUGGCGGAUGACCUUGAUUACUACACCAAUACUUACCAAAUCUACUCCAAAGAUCCCCAGAACUGUCAGGAAUUCCUGGACUCCUCAGAUGUCAUUAACUGGAAACAGCAUUUGCAGAUUCAAAGUUCCCAGUCCCAUCUGAAUAAGACAAUACAAAAUCUUGCAAGUAUCCAAUCUUUUCAAGUCAAACACUCAGAAAACAUUCUCUAUGUGACAUCAGAGACAAUCAAGAGACUAUUCCCUUCCCUGCUGGAUACAAAGAAUUUAUCUCCAGGAAGUGGCAAGCCCAAGGCCAUCAAUCAAGACAUGUUUAAACUUUCAUCCUUGGAUGCUACCCAUGCUGCCUUGGUGAAUAAAUUCUGGCUUUUUGGUGGCAACGAGAAGAGUCAGAGAUUCAUUGAACGCUGUAUAAAGUACUUCCCAAGUUCCUGUGUCCUGGGGCCUGAGGGAACUCCUGCAUCGUGGACUCUAAUGGACCAGACUGGAGAGAUGCGAAUGGGAGGCACCUUGCCGGAGUACAGGGCCCAAGGUCUUGUCUCCUUUGUUGUCUAUUCACAAGACCAGAUUAUGAAGAAGCGUGGCUUUCCUGUUUAUUCUCACACUGCCAAAAGUAAUACUGCUAUGCAAAAAAUGAGUUACUCACUGCAGCAUCUCCCCAUGCCCUGCGCCUGGAACCAAUGGGAGUGUGUGCCUAUGUGA